AUGUCGAUAGACGCUCAAAUCCGGCCACCAAAAAAAGCAGGAUUUUGGCCGGGGCCGAACUUCGGCAAAAUCUGCUUAUCUUUGGAUAAGCAGAUUUUGAACAGGAUCGAUAAUAACAACGUAGAAAUAAUUGCUGAAAUGAAAAAGUUCAGGGAAAAAAACAAAAAGAUCAUAUCUGAGGUGAAGAAAAGCGUUCAGUCUCUAAAUGUAGAUGUCAAGAAUGUUCAGAAGACGUUGAUGGAUGUAGUCGAUCACAGAGAUAGAGAAGCCAAUCUGAUGAUGUUCAAAUUGAGUGAAGGUCCUGACGACAAGGCAAGGGUUUGUAAAAUUAUUGAUCAUUUGACCGGGGUUGAGUGUAGUGAGAAGAGCAUACUGAGGAUGAUGCGGAUUGGCAAAAAAAGUGACAGUACUUCACUGGAUAGAGACUUGGCUAGUGCCAGGUUAAGUCACGAUCUCAGUAAUGACCAGAGAAUUGAACUUAAGAAGUUACUCAAUGAGGCUAAAGAUAUGGAGUUAUGGAGACUAGUAAACAGUGUCAGAUUUGAAUUGUUGAAUGUGAGGUCAAUUGGGCCAAGUGUGAACGUCAUUUAUGGGUUCAUGGGCUUAUAUGUGAUGACGGAUGAACCCGAAGAUGUCAAAAACGACUGCCGGAAAAUGCUCUCAGAUGCCGUCAGGAGAGUACUUUCAUCAAAGAUACUGUUGAUUGGUGAUGAUCUCAACAGUCACGUUAGAAAGAAAACAAAUGAGUUCUGUAGUGUGCACGGAGGUUUUGAUCAUGGUGAUCAGAAUGAAGAUGGUGUUCGGAUUCUCAAGUUUACUGAAGAUCAUGAAUUCUAA